AUGCUAUCUCUGAGGACUAGCUGGCAUGUUUCAAUCCCGAAGAGGGCUUUUACCUCUGGAAUCCCUAAGCAAAACCUCUCUUUUAAGAUCAAGCUGACUCCCAACGAAAAGUCACAAAUCAACGUGAAGGCCCGGGACCCAGGCUCCGCUUCGUCCCAGCCCAAGAGAAUAGACCCUAGACUGGUAAAAAAGUUCCAGAGCGGUACUACCUAUGACCCUUUCGACUUCUCGUUGGCAAGGCUGCACCUUGACAAGAAGUUCUCCUCCAAAAACUCGUCCAACGACCUUUUUGACAAGAAUGGCGUGGACCCGCUGGACCUGUACACGAACCCGGAGUUCCUGUCACAGUUCGUGACGUCCUCUGGGAAGAUCUUGCACAGAGACGUGACCGGUCUGUCUGCCAAGAACCAGCGCCGUUUGAGCAAAGCCAUCAGAAGAUGCCAGGCCAUCGGGCUGAUGUCCAAGACACACCGUGACGUAUCUUACCUGCCAUCCAGGAUCAUGGGUAAAAUAUGA